AUGGAGUUCACCAUCCACGAGAUCAACAACAGAACAGAUCUCCUGCCGGGAAUCACGUUAGGAUACCAGAUAUACGACUCGUGCUCUGCAGUGCCGAUGGCUGUUAAAGCUGCAUCACUGUUGGCAAACGGCAUGGAACCAUUUUUCAAUUACAAUAGCCUCUGUCAAAAUUCUGCAGCCGCCGCUGUUCCUGCUCUCGUGGGAGAUUCUCCUUCCACCCCUUCAAUUAGCAUAGCCAGAAUGCUGGGUCUUUUUGGAAUUCCACAGGUGAGUUACUACUCAACCUGCGCAUGUCUGAGCGAUAAGCGGCAGUAUCCUGCUUUUCUCAGGACUGUGCCUAGUGACCUCCACCAAGCGGCCGCACUAGCAAAAAUGGUCAAGCAUUUUGGCUGGACCUGGAUUGGGGCAGUGCGCAGUGACUCAGACUAUGGAAAUUAUGGAAUGGCGUCUUUUCUAAAGGCUGCGCAAGAGGAGGGCAUCUGUGUGGAGUACUCCGAGUCCUACUACAGAACACAACCGCGCAGUAAACUGGAGAGAGUGGCAAACGUCAUCCGCAGAUCAACAGCCCGGGUAAUAGUAGCGUUUCUGCACUCAGGAGAUAUGAGGUUUCUGUUGGAGGAACUUGCCAGACAGCCGCCGCCUCCCCUUCAGUGGAUCGGCAGCGAAACGUGGAUCAUAGAUCCAGAGUUUCUGCGCUUUAACAUGUGCGCUGGGGCGAUAGGAUUUGGGGUCCCCCGCUCAGUGAUUCCAGGUCUUCGUGAGUUUCUUCUGGAUCUCUCUCCAGCACAAGCACUGAAAUCGCCUCUGCUAACGGAGUUUUGGGAGCGCUCGUUCAGCUGUAGCCUGAAAGGCUCCUCAGAAGGCGCGAGAGAAUGUGACGGCAGUGAGGAUAUCCGCGCGCUGCAGAACCCAUAUACAGACACGUCGCAGCUGCGCAUCACUAACAUGGUGUACAAAGCUACGUAUGCCAUAGCGCAUGCCAUCCACGGUGUUAUCUGUAAGGACACGCAGUGCGACAAGAGCGCUAAAUUUGCACCAUGGCAGAUGCUGGACCAAGUCAAAAAAGUUAACUUUGCUACAAAGAAUGGUUUUCGGGUCACGUUUGACUCCAACGGUGAUCCUGUAGCUGUCUACGAGCUCAUAAACUGGCAGUUUAAGAAAGAUGGCUCUAUAGAUUUCAUUACAGUGGGCCAUUAUGACUCAUCGAAACCAAGAGGUCAAGAGUUCAGUAUGAGCAGAGCUAUCAGCUGGCUAGGAGGAAAAGCCGAGGUGCCAAGAUCUGUGUGCAGUGAGAGCUGUCCCCCAGGAACCAGGAAGGCUGUGCAGAAAGGAAAGCCAGUCUGCUGCUAUGACUGUAUACCAUGUGCAGAAGGAGAGAUCAGUAACAAUACAGACUCUUUGAACUGUGCACAAUGUCAUCCUGAAUUCUGGCCCAACACCCAGCGAGACAGAUGCCUUCCUAAGCCUGUGGAGUUUCUGUCCUGGGACGACACUCUGAGCAUCAUCCUGACAGCAUUCUCCAUCUCUGGGGCCUUCAUAGCUGUAUGUGUGGCUGCUGUCUUCUACAAACACAGAAGUUCUCUCGUCCGAGCCAACAACUCAGAGCUGACCUUCCUGCUGCUCUUCUCACUGACUCUGUGUUUCCUCUGUUCACUCACUUUCAUUGGUCAGCCCUCUGAGUGGUCCUGUAUGCUGCGCCACACAGCGUUUGGGAUCACCUUCGUCCUCUGCAUCUCCUGUGUUCUUGGGAAAACAAUAGUGGUGUUAAUGGCCUUCAGAGCUACACUUCCAGGCAGUGAUGUCAUGAAAUGGUUUGGGCCUCCACAGCAGAGACUCAGUGUUCUUGCUUUCACUCUCAUACAGGUCAUUAUUUGUGUACUUUGGUUGACAAUAUCACCUCCUUUCCCCUUUAAAAAUCUAAAACACUACAAGGAAAAGAUUAUCUUAGAAUGUGAAUUAGGUUCAGCUAUAGGUUUCUGGGCUGUGCUGGGUUAUAUAGGAUUUCUGGCUCUUUUGUGUUUUAUUUUGGCUUUUCUAGCACGGAAGCUGCCUGAUAAUUUUAAUGAAGCCAAGUUCAUCACAUUCAGCAUGCUCAUAUUCUGUGCAGUUUGGAUCACCUUUAUCCCAGCUUAUGUCAGCUCUCCUGGAAAGUUCACUGUAGCUGUAGAGAUAUUUGCUAUUCUGGCCUCAAGCUUUGGUUUGAUUAUUUGUAUUUUUGUUCCCAAGUGUUUCAUAAUCAUGUUCAGGCCAGAACAGAAUACCAAGAAACACCUUAUGGGUAAAGUACCCUCCAAGAUCAGCUGCAGACUGUGGGCUGAGCCUCAGAUGCCUGGUCUGUAUGUGAAAGGAGAUUUUUUGAUUGGGGGGAUUUUCUCUAUUCAUUACUACACGAGAUCAGAGCAGAACAGCUACACCAGACCGCCACUACAGCCACAGUGCUCUGGCAGCAUGGAUUUCAGAGAACUGCGCUACGCUCGUGCCAUGGAGUUCACCAUCCAAGAGAUCAACAACAGAACAGAUCUCCUGCCGGGAAUCACGUUAGGAUACCAGAUAUAUGACUCGUGCGCUGCAGUGCCGAUGGCUAUUAAAGUUGCAUUUCAGUUUACAAACGGCAUGGAACCAUUUAUCAAUGAUACUGAUUCCUGUUCAAAAUCUGCAGCCGCCGCUGUUCCUGCUCUCGUGGGAGAAUCUGCUUCCACCCCCUCAAUAAGCAUGGCCAGAAUACUGGGUCUUUUUGGAAUUCCACAGAUAAGCAACUACGCAACCUGCGCAUGUCUGAGCGAUAAGCGGCAGUAUCCUGCCUUCUUCAGGACCGUACCUAGUGACCACCACCAAGCGGCCGCACUAGCAAAAAUGGUCAAGCAUUUUGGCUGGACCUGGAUUGGGGCAGUGCGCAGUGACUCAGACUAUGGAAAUUAUGGAAUGGCGUCGUUUCUAAAGGCUGCUCAAGAGGAGGGCAUCUGUGUGGAGUACUCCGAGUCCUACUACAGAACACAACCGCGCAGUAAACUGGAGAGAGUGGCAAACGUCAUCCGCAGAUCAACAGCCCGGGUAAUAGUAGCGUUUCUUGCCUCAGGCGAAAUGAGAGUUCUCUUAGAAGAACUUGCAAGACAGCCGCCGCCUCCACUUCAGUGGAUCGGCAGCGAAACGUGGAUCAUAGAUCCAGAAUUUCUGCGCUUUAACAUGUGCGCGGGGGCGAUAGGAUUUGGGGUCCCCCGCUCAGUGAUUCCAGGUCUUCGUGAGUUUCUUCUGGAUCUCUCUCCAGCACAGGCAUCAAAAACGCCUCUGCUAACGGAGUUUUGGGAGCGCUCCUUUAGCUGUAGCCUAAAAGGUCAGACAGACUUCUCAGGGGGCGCGCGGGAAUGUGACGGCAGUGAAGACAUCCGCGCGCUGCACAACCCAUAUACAGACACGUCGCAGCUGCGCAUCACUAACAUGGUGUACAAAGCUACGUAUGCCAUAGCGCAUGCCAUCCACGGUGUUAUCUGUAAGGACACGCAGUGCGACAAGAGCGCUAAAUCCACACCAUGGCAGAUACUCGACCAGCUCAAAAGAGUGAAUUUUACUACAAAGAAUGGUUAUCAGGUCACGUUUGACUCCAACGGUGAUCCUGUAGCCGUCUACGAGCUCAUAAACUGGCAGGUUAAAAAAGAUGGCUCUAUAGAUUUUGUCACAGUCGGCCGUUAUGACUCCUCCAAACCAAGAGGUCAAGAAUUCAGUAUGAGCAGAGCUAUCAGCUGGCUGGGAGGACAGACUGAGGUGCCAAGAUCUGUGUGCAGUGAGAGCUGUCCUCCAGGGACCAGGAAGGCUGUGCAGAAAGGAAAGCCAGUCUGCUGCUAUGACUGUAUACCAUGCGCAGAGGGAGAGAUCAGUAACAAGACGGACUCUUUGAACUGUGCACAAUGUCCUCCUGAAUUCUGGCCCAAUGCCCAGCAAAACAGAUGCCUCCCCAAGCCUGUGGAGUUCCUGUCCUGGGACGACACUUUGAGCAUUACCCUGACAGUGUUCUCCAUCGCUGGGGCUUUCAUAUCUGUAUGUGUGGCUGCUGUCUUCUACAAACACAGAAGUUCUCCUAUUGUCAGAGCCAACAACUCAGAGCUGAGCUUCCUGCUGCUCUUCUCAUUGACUCUGUGUUUCCUCUGCUCACUUACUUUCAUUGGUCAGCCCUCUGAUUGGUCCUGUAUGCUGCGCCACACAGCGUUUGGGAUCACCUUCGUCCUCUGCAUCUCCUGUGUUCUGGGGAAAACAAUAGUGGUGUUAAUGGCCUUCAGAGCUACACUUCCAGGCAGUGAUGUCAUGAAAUGGUUUGGGCCUCCACAGCAGAGACUCAGUGUUCUCACCUUCACUCUCAUACAGGUCCUUAUCUGUGUGCUUUGGUUGACAAUAUCACCGCCUUUUCCCUUCAAAAAUCUAAAACACUACAAGGAAAAGAUUAUCUUAGAAUGUGAAUUAGGUUCAGCUAUAGGUUUCUGGACUGUGCUUGGUUAUAUAGGAUUUCUGGCUCUUUUGUGUUUUAUUUUGGCUUUUCUAGCACGGAAGCUGCCUGAUAACUUUAAUGAAGCCAAGUUCAUCACAUUCAGCAUGCUCAUAUUCUGUGCAGUUUGGGUUACCUUUAUCCCAGCUUAUGUCAGCUCUCCUGGAAAGUUCACUGUAGCUGUAGAGAUAUUUGCUAUUUUGGCUUCAAGCUUUGGUCUCAUUACUUGUAUUUUUGCUCCCAAGUGUUUCAUAAUCAUGUUUAGGCCAGAGCAGAAUACCAAGAAACACCUUAUGGGUAAAGUACCCUCCAAGUCUCUCUGA